AGAAAACGGGGCGUGCGGGGCACAGAAAGGGAGAACCAUCGGCUGACGGCCCGAGGAGACCCUGCGAAGCGACGCGCAGUGGAUGACGGGAAUCGUAGUUCCGCUUGGCGCUCGCGGCGUGGAGUCGCGCAUGCGCAAGGGUGAGGGUGGUCAAAGACAGGGAGCAGGAUGCCUUGGUGGAUGCGGUAACGCGGGGAGCGGGUUGUAGUCUCGGUUUGACUACACCCUGAUCAUGGCAGCACCAGGUAAGGCGAGGGGGAUCCCUCUGACGCGCGGUGGUCCUGCGGUGCAUGCUGAGGCAGACCUCGUUUCCCCUGCACGCUUCGGGAGAGCCGGCGCUCUUUCGCCGCCGGGUAGCUCCUCUUCUCCAUUGCUGCUUAAGGGCUUCGCCUGUUUGCUAAGGCUGCCGUGCCCGGUCUGGGCAACAAAGCUGGGGCUCGGUGCUCUUCGCUUUCCCAGAUAUUGCUUAGCAGCGUCCCGAAUGACUGCAUCCUUGGAAUGCACGUUGGAACAGACCCCCCCGGGAGGCAUGGCUAGAGAGAGCCGUGAGCCGCUGAACUCGGUAGACACGCGCCUUCAGGUCCCCACGCCUCUACAGAGCUUUCGUGGGAUGCAUACGAAUGGUGCUUCUUUUCCUGUCCCCACUCCUCUCUGGGGUUUGUUCCCGUGACCGCCUCUGGGGCCGUUAUGCCUAGAGCAGGCGAGCUGGGGCUCACGCGGAGGUGGAGCUUUAACCUCAGCUGAUCUCUUUUUUUCUUAGAAAAUAUAGUGGAGACAAAAUCCCUUCCCCCACCCCACUGGGAGCCCAUUGACUCACCCACGCAGGUCUCGCUGUCUCAUAACCAUCUCAGUGGUUAAUCUUCCCUUGUGUGACUUCUGCUGUUGCUGCCAUCUGCUAGAGGGGCAAUGCUGCCUUCAGAAAUCACCCUUAAUCCGCGCUCAGGAAGGAUGCCAGCUCUGCUCAACUGGCAGAGAAUGGGCCGAGCUCUGGGUGCAUGUGACUACCGGCAGAGACAAUGUCUCUCUAUCUCUCUUUCUGUGUGUGUGUUAUUUUCUGCUGUAAUGUCAACACAGACGGGCUGCUGUGUGUGAACACUUUUAUCAUCUAGCUGCAUAUGAGCUGGUAUACUUUGCCUGAAAGCUCUAAUUUUGACUCUAAAUGUAUUGCCUCAUGAAAACUAAUUAUGUGAUAUUAUUAUUAAAUAAAUCUCAAAGUGGUUUACAACAACGCAUUCUGUUGUGAACCAAGUAAAAUAAUCUGUUUGCCUUGGGGGUGGGGGAGAGACUUGGAGGUGUGUUUGCUAUUUAUUUGGCUACUGGGCAGAGCACUGCAGGAAUUCUGCAACAUGUUGCUCAAUUUUACCAAAGUUUCUACAGAAGCAGAAUUAAGAAGAUCCAGAACUAUGCUGAUCCUCUCCCCUCCCAUCCAUGUGAAAAUACAUUCAUUUGUGAGAGGCUGCGAGGUAUUGUCCCUGUUUAAUGUGCAGCUAUAACUUACCCUAGGUAAAGGUAAAGGAGCCCCUGACCAUUAGGUCCAGUCGUGGCCGACUCUGGGGUUGCGGCGCUCAUCUCGCUUUAUUGGCUGAGGGAGCCGGCGUACAGCUUCUGGGUCAUGUGGCCAGCGUGACUAAGCCGCUUCUGGCGAACCAGAGCAGCGCACGGAAACGCUGUUUACCUUCCGCCGGAGCGGUACCUAUUUAUCUACUUGCACUUUGACGUGCUUUCGAAUUGCUAGGUUGGCAGGAGCAGGGACCGAGCAACAGGAGCUCACCCCGUCACGGGGAUUCAAACCGCCAACCUUCUGAUCGGCAAGUCCUAGGCUCUGUGGUUUAACCCACAGCGCCACCCGUGUCCCAUACCCUAAGAUGAACCAAAAUAAGGUCACUUGUGUUCAGACUAACUACAAGGAAUGUACUCUGUUGAGAGCACCAGAACACCUUUUUGAGGCAAGUAGAAUUUGACUGGAGUGAGAGGUUGCUAGUAGAGCAAGAUGUAAGUGGAGAUUGGGCAUAAUGGUUGCUGCAGAGUAUAGGCCUACUUCCCUAAGUUUCCAUACGCUAAAAAUAAUAAUUUGAUCUCUUGACGGUGGUGCCAAAUUCCUUUUUAGGUCUCUUUGUUUCAUUUCUGCACUGUGACCCCCUUACUAAGUUCCACCUUGCUGGUACUGUCACCACCCCUGAGGGGUUCGUAGGGUCACAUUCUCGGUUAAUAUUAAUUGGCCAAGAUCAGCUUUCUCCAGAGCUGGCCUAGCUCAGGUUCCCUCUUGCUCUUAGAUUAGCUGCAGCUUGAUGCUAGAGUUCUGCGAGCAGGUAAGUGCCAUCAUUUCGUUCGUCCUCUUUUAUCAUUUUGGCCUCCUUAGCCCUGCUAGCUUUAGUAGACAGGUCUAAAUUGGAUAUUUUCCCCAACUGAGGCAGAGAUGUCAAGUGGAUAUGCUGAACUCUCUCAAGACCAGGACUGGGUUUGGCAAGGUAUCCCUGUUGGCUCCCUUUCACCAGUCAAUUCUUUCCCAACCCAGAAAUAUUUUGCAGAGAUGAAAGGAUGCAUGGCAGCAAGGAUUCAGUCCUCUCCCUCCCUGCAUGUCAGCUCUCUAAAUCUCUGUCUUUUUUUUAAUAUAAUUUUUACUAAUUUCUUUUUUAAAACAAUAUUUCAGCAUACCAAUAACAAAACAAAUAAAUUCUUUGCUCUACUGAGCUCGUGACUUCCCUCCAUCCCUUCAACCAGUUUUUAAUUUUCAAAUCUUUGUGUUGCACUUUAUAUCCUCUACUUCAGACCUUUAUAUCCUCAUGAUCAACUCUGUCUCAAUGGUCUAUAAAGUUUUGAGAUUUACAGUUUUUUUGAUGCAGAAUUUAUAUCAAUCCCGCUAGUGUCUUCACAUUUUUACAAUAAUUAUUCAUAUACUCAAUAAAUUUACUCUCUUUGAAACUUUUGGUCGUCUUGGUUCCGGAUCCUGCCUAUCAGCUUGGCCAGUUCUGCAUAGUCCAUCAUCUUUGUCUGCCACCCCUCAAUCAUUGGUAGUUCCUGCAAUUUCCAUCUCAGCUCUCUAAAUCUCAUAGGUGCUCAGCUCUAUAUGGGCUUGUCUUCUGUUUUGGAAGGGUCCAUCCCUAACUCAAAAAUUCUGGACUACACCACAGCAAACAACUUUGGGGAAAAGGCACUGUAUCCCCGCCACUCAUGAGAUACCUGGUUUCCUCAGUCAUUCUCUCCCUUUGCUAUGAGAGCUGAAGAAGAGCCUGCUGGAUCAGGCAAUGACCUGUCUAGUCCACCAUCCUGUUCUUACAGAGGCCAACCAGAUGUCUGGGAGGAACCUGCAAGCAGGACCUGAGCGCAGAAACACUCUCCCCUUCUGCCCUUCUGCAGUUUCCAGCAACUGGGAUUCAGAACUGGGGGCAGAGCAUAGCCAUCAUGGCUAGUAGCCACUGAUAGCUGUUUUCUCCAUUAUGCUGGGAAAGGAAAUCCAAAUGCAAACUUCAUAGAUGUGCCUCUUUGGCCUUUGGGGUGCUGUGUGUGCUCUGGGCAAUCUCUUGCCCUUUGAACUCAGUGUAUAUGCAUUCACGCAAGGAGCCUGGGUAUUCCAUCUCGGAAGAUAGGCAGGAGAAUUGGCAGAGCCACAGAGGGGACACGUUCAACUCUGGGUGCAUUCUACUAGCUGUCAUUACUCACACGGACAGCAGUGGGUGAGCAAAACCUUUCCACCAAUGCUGCACUGGAGUCAUCUGAAGUGAGAGUGACUCCUCACCCUCAGCACUGUCCUAUGAUCAGCCGUGACUCUUCCACCAUCCUACAUCCCUUAGCAUCCUGAUGCUGGAGCAGCAGACUCAACCGCUGAGUAUUUGGCACCAAGCCUUUGCCUUCCAUCUAAACCCAAUGUCCAGUAUCUACUUAACACUGCUUCCUCUCUCCACAGGCUCUGAGUGGCAGGGAUGAGGAGCCGCCAGAGGAUGUAUUCUGCUGUCAUGCGCUUCUUCCUGAAAUGCCUGCGGAUAGGUCAGCGGCGUCGGUUCUGGCUGACUAAGCAUGUGGGGCAGCUCUGGCUGUAUGGGCGCCUCUGUUUGCGCUCCCUGGUGUACAACUCCUUUGCUAAUGGGGACACUGCUCUCGACGCCCUCUUUGAGCCCAUCUACUGGCUGGUGGAUCACGUCACCCGCUGGUUUGGGGUGGUGAGUAUCUCGGGAGGAAAGGCAGCAGAGUGCAGCUUCAGGCCCGCUGGAGACAUGUUCAGCUCUAGGAAAUAAAGAGUUUGAGCCCCGGGCUUCAAGCCACCAUCAAACAUCUAAGCUGGGCAAGGAGAUACAUGACCUUGCAGAUGUGGGAGGAGAUGGCGCUGAUGCUUCGCUGAAUUCUUUUGUGGUCCCCCAGCGCUGCUGUUUUCUUCGGACUAUGGGGAGACCAAGUUGGGUUUAGCAUGGGGAUCCAUCCACUGGAAACAUUCCUCCAUCGAAAGGGCUGAGACUUGUCUGCAGUGUGUUGGUGGCUCAGACCCUUCCCUCUUCCCCCUCAACAGGUGUUUGUGGCCCUGGUGAUCACUCUGACCAGCUCAGUGGUGGUCAUAGUGUACGUCUGCCUCUUGCCACUCGUCUUGCAAACCUACCCCCUUCUUUGGAUCUUCUGGCAUUUCAUCUAUGGUCACUGGAACCUCGUCAUGAUUGUCUUCCACUACUAUAUGGCCAUCACUACUCAGCCUGGUUUUCCUCCGCAGGUAGGUAGAGGCACCAAUAUCUCUGAUUUCACUUUUAUGAAGUUUAUUUUUUAACACUGAGAUCCAUGGUAGGACAUGAUUUCCUACCACUUCUUCUUUCACUGGUGACUCUUAUGCAAAACGUUAUGGACAAAGGGCUGAUCUCGAGUUGCAGCUGUGUGCAUGCUCCAGAGGGCCCAUGUCCAAAUAUGCUUGACCCAGUGUGUUUUGGGUUAGUGUAAGGGCAAUGGCACUCUUGCAACCACGCUAAAGGCUACCAAUGUUCCUUCCAGCAGCAGUUGAAGAGCGAUGUCGCUGCUGUCUCCAUCUGCAGGAAAUGUAUUGCCCCGAAGCCUGCCCGGACCCACCACUGCAGCAUCUGCAACAGGUGGGCAUUUCCCUUGUAUCAGACCAGUGUCACGUGUGAAAACCCGAACCCUUUAAAGAUGCUUUAUGGGCAAGCAGAUAACCAGGGUCAUUUAUCUUUCACAUUGUAUGUGAGCAUGAAAUGUCUUGUGGUAGCUGGUGUAGAAUCCUGUGUCUGGCAAAGAUUCCUGAGAAUUUUAGAAGGCUUUGUGAACCCCACAUUCCCCUCUUGGCAUAUACUUCUUGUGAUUCUUUCUUAUAUUUUCCCCAAAUAUCCAAAUACUUGUUUCAGAAUAAAACACGAGAAUGCAGGAAGCAUAACUACUUGACUUAUUGCACACUUGUGAUCUUCAUAAUUUUGGAUAUGGAGUGAGAGUUUCUUCUGAUGCAGAAUUGCGAUGACAAUAAUAAUCUGGACAUAGAUGAAUUGUUGUCUGUUUCUCAUGCUGAAGUCUUGGAAUCCCUCUAACUCUUUCAGCUGAGAUAUAACCUGUAAGAACAUCAACAUAGUUUCUCUGCACUGAAAAAGAAAGUACAGUAAAUAGAAGAAGGGCGGCAUGGGAGGGAGGGAAAAUAAAAUUGUGUGGUUUUAAUAAAUCAGCCAAAUAUGUUCAGUCUGCAAUGUCUGUUUUGCAUAAUGUCUGCUAACCUGUGGGAUUAGGGAUAAAGGACUAUGAGGAACAUCAGAGCUUGGGAAAUGCUGCUUAGUCCUCCUCCUCUUUGAAUUUUCUUUGCUUUCCCCACUCACUUUAAACCUUUGGUUUUAUUUCCCAAGCCAUAAAGGUUAGAAACUUGCCUUUUUUAAUGAAAGGAAACAUGCUCAAGAAGCUAAAUUCUGCCAAAUGCUGUGUAGCCUUGGGGGUGCAUCUGUGUAUCUAUAGACUAUAUGCAUCUCUACCUUUAGGAACACCUGCAAGUUUGUGCAGAAGUCUCCUUACACUAAGGUAACAUUGCCAAAGACUGCAGAGGGCUUUGCAUUGAGGCCAGUGAGCAGCCAGUACCCAGCUCUCGCCAAGCAGCCUUCAGCCGGUCUCUUGCUUGCAUGCACAUUAAGGGAUCGAGUGGUGACUUGUUCUUGUUUUUCUUGCCUUGUGUUGCUGCACCGUGUCAUGUUCCAUAGCUGCAUCAUUUCCUUACUAUUUAAGCUGCGCUGCGCUGUCAGCACCCCCUUCUCCUUCUGUCUCACCUCCAGUGUGCAAUAGUGCCCUAAUACAAAUGCUGUUUCCCUUCCACAGGUGUGUGUUGAAGAUGGACCAUCACUGCCGUAUCCUUCUGCAGGCCCAUAGCUGGACUGACUUGGGGGUCUCCUGUAAGGUCACUUGUCCCAGGAACGCGAUGAUAUAUGCAAAGUGAUAAUAUAUCUCCCCAGGGAAAGUAAAGGAUGUCUUGAGAUUAACUGGUCCAAGGGGGUAAACUCGCAACAUUGAAGAGGAAAAGGAAAAUUAUUUGUGCCGAUCUCCUGUGAGGCAUGUCUCAGUAAAUGAUUUGGGAACAAUCAGCUGCAUUUCAGAGGGGGCAUUCCUGUUUCAGCACCAAGGCGAAAUGGUUCUUAGGCCAGAACUGCUGUUCCUCCUAUGUGAAGCAUCAUCCCCUGUUCUUCUUGCCUGCUGGGUUAUGGCUUUAUUAAAGUGUGUCCUGAGUAAGCAGAUCUCCUCACUCCCCCAAAUUGAAAGGAGCAGCAAAAUUGGAAGGAGUCCCACCAGGUGGCACGAUAUUAGGUGGAUCAAUUAAAUCACCAGUACGGUUUGGGUGGAGAUCCAGAAUUGGCUAUCCCCUGUUACACGAUGAGGAGGGUUGGGGAUUUUUGCCUGCCUUUACAGACCUUUAACCCCAAGGGACAGCAUGGCUGAACAACUGCGUGGGGCACUUCAACCACCGCUACUUCUUCUCCUUCAUGCUGUUCAUGACCAUGGGCUGCAUCUACAGCAGCGUCAGCGGCUGGGACCUGUUCUGGGAGGCCUAUGCUGCCAUUGAGGUGAGGUUUCUGGGGUCUGUCUGGGCACAUGGUGGCAUGGGAGGGGGGGUGCUUUCUCAGUGGAGGGGGAGGGGGCUCUUCCUCCUGGCCUGGAUAACUGCACAAGGAGUUACAUAGGCCGAGGAGAACUGAGUGUGUGUAACUGGCAGCCUCUUUUCCAUCCGAUAGAAAAUGAAACUGCUUGACAAGGGGAGACUGCACGUGACAGCCAAUCAGGUGGGGUACCUGCUGCUCCGCUGCUCAAGUCAGGGACAGGGCAGAGCAUGGCAGGGGAGCUUGCUGCUCUGCCCCAGCAAUUGACUCUACAGCCGUGGCUGUGACUGCUCAGAUUCCCUUUCCUGGGCAGAAUCACUCCUUCCCUUCUUCCUCCUAAGGGAGCCCGAGCCCAUUCAGCUGCAGUUGGUUGUGCCAUCGAGGGGAGGAACUGUUUGCACAGCUGGCUAAGUGACGCUGUAUUCCAAAAGAUAAUGUAUGAAUGGGGAGUAAGGGAAGUGAGUAUUGAACCCCAGUACCCAUGCUCUGCCCCAUCGCUGAUUCAUGAUCAAGAUCCUUGCCUCUCAAGAGGUGUCUGUCUUGUGCUGUGCUGUCCAUCCACCCAUUUGUCCUUGAAAGACCUCCUACAUCUCAUUGGUUUGGGGUCACAGCAUCCUCCGCUGCAUCCUCACAUCUCUGGCCACCGCAACAUCUGCUUUUUCCUUGCAGACUUACUCUCAGACACCACCACCCACCUUCUCCUUUCGCCAGCGAGCUUUCCACAAGAGUAUAGUGUAUGCCUGGGUCCUCUGCAGGUAACUGAUCUGGUUGUUUGGUGCUCAUGGGGUAGAGGAGGGGCAAGUCUCUCUGGAAUGCUUUGAGAAAGCUGCCAAGUCAGCCUCCGGAGCACAGAGCUUUCUAGCUGUCUUAUUCUCUGCUCUCUGCAAAAGCCUCAUCCAGCUGUCAGUGAGAGAUAAUAAGCGGCUUGCUCCGGCUAUUUCAGCUACGUGGUGUUUGCCCACCCGCUGCAACAUUCCUCUGUUCAUUUCCCUGCAGUUCAGUAGCCUUGGCCCUGGGCGCUCUCAUGCUCUGGCAUUCUGUCCUCAUCACUCGUGGUGAGACCAGCAUUGAAAGGCACAUAAACCGCAAAGAAAGAAAGAGACUCCGAUUGAAGGGCAAGGUGAGGAGGGCAAGGCUCAACCUUCAAUUGGGGGGGGGGGGGAGAAAAUGGAGGCAGAACAGCUGAGCUCACCUAUUUGCUUGAUGUGUGUGUCACGCUAGAGUUCCAUCAGUUCAGGGUGUUUAGUUAGAAAAAUCGCUAAAACAGGGCCUUUUCUCCUGCAGCCCCUUCCUCGAGUUGACCCUGUUAUUCUCCGGCUUCCAGAAAACACAAAACUAUUUUUAAUCAGGCAUGCAUUUGAAUAUUUUUUUCUUUUAAUAUUUUAUUUGAAUUAAUUUUAAUACAUUAUAUAGAACUCAGCUACAUAAACAGGGAGACUUUUUUAAAAAAGGGUAUAGUUCUGUCGCAGUUAUUUUUGACCAUUUGAAUAAUUCUGAAGUUUGACCAUAGCCAGAUUUUCCCAAGAGGGGUUGCUAUGCAGAAUGGAAGAAUGAAUAAAUAUGCUAGAACCACCUAGCAGAAUAUAAUUUCAUGCUACUUUUCCAUUGGCUCUAGGUCUUCCAAAACCCAUACAACUAUGGUCCUUUGGGAAAUUGGAAGGUUUUCCUGGGUGUGGAGACACAGAGGUGAGAACGGGAAAUGUGCAACUGGUAUACUCUACAUCUGCCCUGUCUUAUGGAUAAUAGGGUGGCUGGGAUUGGCUGGAUCUUGACGAAGCAAGGUACUAUUAGCACAGCUGAAGCUGCUUAUUUUGCAUUCCACAGUAAUGCUGUAGCCCUCUAGGUCCUCUGUAAUCUGGAAAAUGCUUGGGUGGAAUAUACUAGCAAGCCUGUAAAUGUCUUCCUGUGUUCCAUUUAUUCAUUGAAAGGUGUUCUCUUUUCUAGGCACUGGGUCACCCGAGUUCUACUACCCUCCACACACACACCCUAUGGAUCUGGCCUGAGUUGGGACACACCACCCUGCAUUGUGGAACAGAAGACUCCUCUCUUGACAAUUUGAGUUUGAUAAAGGGCAGAGUUGACCAGCUGCCGGAAGACGGGAAACCACAGGCUGCUUUCAAGGGGCAGCAUAAUGGACAGCACAGUUCCCCGAGGUGCUGGUGACGUCACAUGCCACAAUUGCACCAGCUGCAGCAAACUGCUCCAGCAGUUUUAGGAUGAAGGUGGAAGAGCCCCCCCCCCCAGCUGCAGGCAGCUGUAGUGAGACAGCAAUGUCUUGCCCACAUAAUCCAGCCUAUGUAGGAUGAAGUCUUGGUAUUCCUGGUAGUGGAGGAAGGCGCAAUAUGCCCCCUGCCCCACCUCAGGACCCUGGCUGGUAUGCCAGGGUCUUGUUACUCUUCCACUACAUAGGCAGGGAUUUUUUAAACAAAAAUAAAAAUCAUUUUAAUAUGGUGUGGCAUCUGUUCCUCUUUAUCAGAAGAGAAGGCACAAUGCUGGCAAUAUCUUAAGAAACUGAUUGAUCUCCUUGUAGCUCACAACUGUCUUUUCAGAACAGAUCCAGGCAGUGCUGCUUUUACAGAUAGUUGUAGGUCUUAAGAGAUUUUGUUGGUCCCGGCCAUUAGGUGUAAGGCCUUGGGUUGAGGUCUAAAAAUAUCUUUCAAAAGCCACAGAUUGUCCCUACUCUUGUAUAUGUACCACUGUCUAUUUUCCACUCUGUUGACCUCUCACCAAACUGCAGAUUUCUGUAGCCCUUUCAAAGCAGCAACAUGAGAAGCUGACACUACCUCUCAGUGUUCUGCCCUUCCAUGUUUGUACAAAUAAUUUAUGAGUAGUCCAGAGCUAGUGGUACAUAGUAGGAUUAAAGGGGGUGGGGUGCUAUGCAGGACUGGUUUUGUUUGACUACCUGAAACUCAGCUAUGGAGCAUGUAUGAAAAGCAGCCCUGAGAAGUGUAUGUUGAGGGGUUCCAUUAUAAUAGCCAUGGGACAUAUGCCAUUAAGCACUGCUUUCUUUGCAACCAUCUACUUCAUAAGAGUAAUUAGGCCUUCAGCACAGCCCCAGGCCCCACCAUUAAUUCAAGUUAAGGUGUGGUCAAUGGCUAGACCAGUGUUUCUCAAACCUGGAUCCCAACUGUUGGUGGACUACAAUUCCCAUCGCCCCUGACCACUGAU